AUUUACGUACGUACGUUUCCCCCCCACAGUUUGCUGUCAGUAAAUAUACGAAUGACGGAAAAGUGGCAUUCGGUGGUAAUUUCAACAAAAAUAUAUUCACAGAGAAAUUCUGACAGCUCGACUUUUUACCGAGCUAUAGGUUGAUUUGGCAAAGUUGAUGUCAUCCCUACUCGUGCGUUUGGUGCCAGUUUAGUCUCAGGAGUGGCUUGUGGCAGAUGUCACAGGCACAGCCUUUAAAAAAAGUGGAUUAUAAGAAGAACCGAAAUAAAACAUGUCAGAGCUGAAUAAAGAGGUGGUGGACUUGGUCUGGGGGAGGACUUCUGAUGGAGGUGUGUCAGCCUCAAUCUUUCGAAGAUGGACCCAAGGGUUUGUUUUUAGCGAGUAUGAACCCACAGCGCUGGAGCAGUUUGAAGGAGGACCAUGUGCUGUAAUUGCACCUGUCCAGGCUUUUCUUUUGAAGAAUAUACUUUUUAACAGAGAAAGCUCCAACUGGAGACAACUACCAGAGGAAGAACAGAAAACAGCCCUGUGUUCUACGUUGAGUGAAAUUCUUGAGUCAGCCUGUGCCAGCCUUUCAACUGGGUUCUGCAUUGUGACCUGGGCUAAGGGACAUUCCCCAGACACUGGCAAACUUACUGCAACAGAGCCAGAGUCACAGGUACAAACACAGGACAAGCCCGAAAGCAGCAAGCCUCUGCAGGAGCAGCAACCCACUUAUUCGGUUGCUGAGGAUCUUAGCUUUGAGCGAUUUCACAGUGUUCUCCACAAACGAACCAUCCUGUCAGCAUCAGAUCUGAGAGAAGAGGUGUUGUCUCUCUACCACUCCUGGAGGGGGUGCUGUGGAGUUUUACUUUUCCUCUACUCCGUCAUCCUCACCAAGGGCAUAGAAAAUAUUAGGAAUGAGAUCCAGGAUCCAACAGAGCCUCUCAUAGAUCCUGUGCAUGGUCAUGGAAGCCAGAGUCUGGUGAACCUGCUCGUAACUGGCCAUGCUGUCUCAAACGUUUGGGAUGGAGAUCGGGAAUGCUCUGGCAUGAAGCUACAUGGAAUUCAUAAACAAGCAUCAGUUGGCUUCCUCACACUAAUGGAAUCCCUGCGCUACUGCAAGGUUGGGACAUUUUUCAAGUCUCCAAAGUUUCCUAUUUGGAUUCUUGGCAGUGAAACUCAUCUCUCUGUAUUUUUCACCAAGGAGAUGUCACUGGUAGGUCCAGAGUCUCCAUCAGAACAGGCAAGAAGGGUCUUCCAGUCAUUCGAUCCUGAAGAUAAUGGCUUUAUCCCAGAGUCUCUGCUGGAGGAUGUGAUGAAGGCUCUUGACCUUGUCUCCGAGCCUGAGUACGUCAGUCUGGUGAAGACCAAGCUAGAUCCAGAGAACCUGGGUGUGAUUCUUCUGGGCCCGUUCCUGCUGGAAUUUUUCCCUGAUCAGGAUUCAGGAAUCCCAGACUCAUUUCCCAUCUACCACUACAAUGGACUCAAACAGUCCAACUACAAAGAGAAGGUCGAGUACGUGGAGGGAACUGCUUUGGUUCUGGGAUUUGAGGAUCCAAUGGUUCGCACUGAUGACACUCCAGUGAAGCGUUGUCUACAGACCAAGUGGCCCUACAUUGAGCUGUUGUGGACCACAGAUCGCUCGCCGUCACUGAAUUAGCACUGGCACAAGUUAUGCAUACGAGUACGUCAGUGGACCACUACUGCUCUCCCCUUCUGUGAUCUGAACACAAAAUAUUAGUGGACUGCAAAGUUGAGCGAGACAAACAAAUGAGACCAUGAAAACAAGCAACAAAAGGCAGAUGUUUGUGGGCUAAUUGUUUAAACCUAACCUUUUUUUUUUUUACGCUUUUACUCACAUUUCCACACAAGUGCAAACUCACCUCUGCAGUCAGUGUUAUGUAUUCACCUUAGCUUGUAAUUAACACACGGGAUGUUUGAUGUGAAUAUUUAAAGAUAAAAGGGAACGAUUAUUUAUUUUUCCAGCUCUGCUCUGUGCCGACGACCUCUGCUACUGUCCUGUAGUGGAUUGAGACCGUUCAGAAAGGAAGCUAGUUUGGGUCAAAAAGAUUUAAGUGCUACACUGAACCACAGGUAAAGCCAGUCGACUGUGAAACACUGUUAACCCAGCUGCAGAACUGUUUGAGAGAAAACCAACCAAAGCCUUCCACAAAUGAGAACAUGCACUCACAGUCAUGAUGAGAGUUUACAGUGUCAAAGGGACCAACCCAGAUACAGAAACCUGAACUGGAAGUUUUUUGGUGUUUGUAGGAGAGAUGAGGUUGGUGUAGGUGCUCUACACUGGAAUCUUAGCUUAGUGCUCAUGUAUUUAUUGUCACACUCAAGCAUUCUCAAAUAAACACUUUUUUUUUGUUUUGUUCAA